UAGUUUAUCAUUUCACCAGGUAUUACUGUCCCUCAUUAUAGUUUACGGUGUUAUAUUCAACUCCUUUGUAUGUGCUCCCCUCCUCACUACUAUAACGAGAUCAGGGGUAGAAGGAGCAUCACAGAUGGUGAAUUUAUGGCUGCAGGUCAAAAUAGUGAAACUGGAGAAAUCCAAGUCAGGGAUCGAAGAUCUGCCAUCGAAAAGCCACCACGUGGUAAAUAGGCAGUGCACAUGAACACACGUUGCUGAUCUGGCGAAUUGCAGCGAAAAAAGAACAAAAAUUUUGCGUCUAUAAUAAAGCUGCAUUCCUCAUUGUUUGUCAAUUUGUAAUUUCAUAGCAAUACAGUAAGAACUUCGAUAGAUACAUGCAUUUUUAUAUUCACAAAGUGAAUGGCAUUGGGCAGUAUUCUAUUUUAACCCUCUCCCUCAUCAAAUGUCGAUUUUAUGAGUUAUAUAGUAAUGAAUAGAAACGAAGCGCAUUUAAUAAAAACUUGAAAAAGGAUUAUUAAUUCUUAUCAAUCAUAUUCAAAAUUUGUUGUAAGGAAUUUCUCGAUGAGUAUGUGUUACAAUGGGGAGGUGUAGAACUACAGUUGUAGGAAUCUGAAAUCCCAUGGAAACUGUUCAUUGAAUCUUUUCUUUAUAUAAAACUAUAAGAGAUAUAUAUCGUAAUCAGUGAUGCAUGCAGUCAUGGACAUUGUUCAUAUAAAAGACCAAGUAUACAUGAUGUCACAUUUGGUUCACCUUUUCCUUGCGUCAACAGACAACUAGGUCUAUAUCAUAUUUGCAAAAAUCUUUACUCUCUUCCAUGAGAAUUUUACAUACGUUAUCAGAAGCAGUCAUAGUUAGACUAUACUUCGAUUUUUGAACACCAGAUUAUAGACUGAACUCCUUGAUGUUGGAUGCUACCAAUUACAGGUUCUUUAAAUCCCCGCGGAUCGAGGAUGGCAUUACUUCAGAUUGUGGGGAAUGAGAGAAGUGUUGCUCCCUCAGUUGAGUCAAUUGAUUUGAUUUUAAAUUUUCACUAUUAGUUAAAAAAAAUAGGAAAUUAUAGAUCAAAAUUUGUACGUAGAUAAUAAACAACUUUGCAUGUAAUAGUAGCUGAGUGGUAGAGCGUUCGCUUUGUAACCGAGAGGUCUUGAGUUCGAAGCCUGAUCGCAUCAUGUAAAACCUAAGGCGCUAGUGAAGGUAGUGAUUACCCCUUCGCCUAACGCUCGGCAUUUAGAAUUAGGAAUCACUGGUCUUUCGGAUAUAACCUUAAGAAUGUAGGUCACAUGAAGCAGUAGACGUUUGCACUUUAAAUAACUCUUAUUGCCACGACUCUGACUGCUAAGUAUAGGUCUUAAUUUGUGGUCCUUCAUCUACUGCGGGUUAUGUCUCAAUAUGAGCGAAGACUUGGGAUGUAAAACAAGCAAAUAUUUAAUCAGCGUGUCAUUUACUUUGUAUAUCAGCAUUGUUAUGACUUACAAAUACCAAGGUGUUCUUAUUCUUAAUGUUAUAUGUGUUAUGACUUACAAAUACCAAGGUGUUCUUAUUCUGAAUAUUACCAUUGUUAUGACUUACAAAUACCAAGGUGUUCUUAUUCUGAAUGUUACCAUUGUUAUGACUUACAAAUACCAAGGUGUUCUUAUUCUGAAUGUUACCAUUGCUAUGACGUACAAAUACCAAGGUGUUCUUAUUCUGAAUGUUACCAUUGCUAUGACUUACAAAUACCAAGGUGUUCUUAUUCUGAAUGUUACCAUUUCUAUAACUUACAAAUACCAAGGUGUUCUUAUUCUGAAUAUUACCAUUGCUAUGACUUACAAAUACCAAGGUGUUCUUAUUCUGAAUGUUACCAUUGUUAUGACUUACAAAUACCAAGGUGUUCUUAUUCUGAAUGUUACCAUUGUUAUGACUUACAAAUACCAAGGUGUUCUUAUUCUGAAUGUUACCAUUGCUAUGACUUACAAAUAUCAACGUGUUCUUAUUCUGAAUGUUACCAUUGUUAUGACUUACAAAUACCAAGUUGUUCUUAUUCUGAAUGUUACCAUUGUUAUGACUUACAAAUACCAAGGUGUUCUUAUUCUGAAUGUUACCAUUGUUAUGACUUACAAAUACCAAGGUGUUCUUUAUUCUGAAUGUUACCAUCGUUGCUGUAACUUGCAAAGAUCAACGCCAAUUUUAUAACGUAUAUCAGUUUUAAUACAUUAAAGAUUUAUAAA